AUGGACCUGCUGGACAGAGCUCAAGUACUCCUCCUCUGUGACCUGUGUCAAAAAGCUGCAUUACAGAGUCAUUGUGAACUUUGUCAGAUUAACCUGUGUAAGGCCUGUGUAGGGGAGCAUCUCUCUGAUGCAUCUAAAAGACACAAUGUUGUACCAUACAAACACAGAACUUCUACUCCUAACUACCCAAAAUGUCCAAACCACACCCAGAAACAUUGUGAACUUUACUGUGAGGAAUGUAACAUUCCUGUCUGUUCUACCUGCCUCUCCUCUGGGAAACAUAAAGGACACGAUUUAUCAGAUGCUCUACAGAAACUAAGUUCAAAAACAAAUGGUUUAAAAAAAGAUUUAAAAGAACUAGAGAAAAGAAUCUAUCCUACAUAUGAGGAAAUUACAUUAGACUUAAACUCUGAAAAAGUCAAUUUGGAAGAAUCAUUGUGA